AGCAAACUUGUCUACGUCAUCUGAAGCCACCGGAAGCGUGAGUUAUCUGUCCCCGCCCCAGCAGCUCAGUCAAUCCAACCUGAAGAGAAGGCGAGUCAACGGCUAAAAAUAUAAUAGCUAACACAAGAUGGCCGGUCUGCCUCGUAGGAUUGUAAAGGAAACGCAGCGGUUGAUGGCAGAGCCUGUUCCAGGGAUCACUGCUACGCCUGAUGAAGGGAAUGCACGCUACUUCCAUGUGUUCAUUGCAGGGCCUCAAGAUUCUCCCUUUGAAGGAGGCACAUUUAGACUUGAACUAUUUCUUCCAGAAGAGUAUCCCAUGGCAGCUCCCAAAGUGCGAUUCAUGACCAAAAUCUAUCACCCCAAUGUUGACAAACUGGGAAGAAUAUGUUUAGACAUUUUGAAAGACAAGUGGUCUCCAGCCCUGCAGAUCCGUACAGUGUUGCUAUCUAUCCAGGCAUUAUUAAGUGCUCCCAAUCCAGAUGAUCCACUGGCAAAUGAUGUUGCAGAGCAGUGGAAGAAAAAUGAAAGCCAAGCCAUUGAGACAGCCCGAACAUGGACCAGGCUCUACGCAGGCAACAGUGAAGUAUAGAAGAAGAGAAUCAAGGCGUCUGAAUGUGAUCCACAAAAUAUACUCCUAUUCUGUCAUUUGAAUUUAACGGACACAAAAAAAGAGAAAAAAAAUAUUAUAAGUCCAAAUCUAUCUGAAAGAAAUGACGAGCAGCAGACCUCUGGGUGACAUAUGUUAAGACGCGUUAAAUGUGUGUUAGCCUUUUUUCUUUUUUCUUUCUUUUGUUUUUUUUGUUUGUUUGUUUUCUUUCCCCUGUGUUGCUAUUUAAAUGCAUGGACAGAGAAUGAGACCCUCCCCAUUACAGUCUUAAAACUCACAAUACAAUGUGUUGUCUUUAACCAGGCCACAUACUGGUACGUUUGCAAAGUGUACAUGCAUUAAAGCUGUCGUUCUUUUAACACAUGCAUUAUUUGUCAACACAUCUGUAUGUCUUUUUGUGUUAAUUCAGCACUGCACCGGUAGAAAUAGUAAAUGACACAUAAACUAUUAAUAAUGUAGGUUCCCAAAAUUUAGAGGGAUGGGGGGAAAAACCCAACACAAUUGGAAGGGGGGAAAACUAAAACAGCAGUUUAAAUGCACAGCAAGGGUGAAGCUGAAGGAUUUCGCAUAGGAAGUGCUUCCUCAAACUUUUAUACAAGCUCACACAAACGUAAGUUCAGCUGCUGAAUCCAGGUUAAAGAAAACUGGGAUAAUUGAGAGAUGUAUGCCCUGAUGUAAGUGCCGGGUUUGCUAAUGGGGAAUACAUAUUCCUUCACAGCCCCAGCUCAUGUUUUAAAGAAUUUAGUCAGUGCCUAGUAUCCUGCAGGUUUUGUGUAUUCAUUCACACCUUACCAUUGGAAUCAGGUGUGUAGAAAAGAUAAUAGAAAUGUUCUAAUUAGAAUCCAAUGAAUGGGGAUUCCUGCAGUAAUCCAAGAGCUGCUGGUUGGUUGUAAGUCUUGGAGUACUUCCACAGGCUUAAAAAGUCAUUCCCAACACAUUAAGGGAGGCAGAUGAAUGCUCAGUGUUGAAAGAAACUAAAUGUCAUAGCAGAGUAGCAUGUGUUGAAAAUGACGUCAGCUUUUUAAGAGGGUAGGAAGUUAACUUGUUGUUGGUUUUAUGUUCAUUUUUAACUAUCUGUCCAUGCUAUAUCUGUGUUGCCUGUUUUCAAUUUUAUUUUCAGUGUUACUUCAUGUACCAUACCAAGCUGAUAACAGGACGGUUCAAACUAGACGUCAGAGGUGAAGGGGGGUGUUUUCUUUAAGGGGGAAGUUGCGGUUCUUGCCAUUGAUUACAAGGUUGUUUUCAGAGUUUUCUGCUUUUACAUUUAAUCAGUUCCCGUGGGUAAAUUCAGUCACUGUGGAAGCAGGAAGAGCGGUGUUACAAAUAAAGCGUGUUCAACUUCAAAAGGAUUUUUGAUUGGCUAAAGAGAAUGGAUGUCAUGCACGCUGUACGAUAAUCCCACAAAAUCCAGGGUGUGAUUCAAUUUGAUGAACACUUUAGAAAAUAUAGAAACUUUCCUUUUAAAAGGGAUCAAAUAACGUUAAAGGCUCACUGCUACAUUGCCUGUACCCUUCAUGUUGCUUCAUUGUGGCUCAUCCGAGAGAGGACUGACCGAAACCUGUUUGUAGCUUUUUUUCUUUUCUUUUUUUUUUUCUUGGAUUAUCACAGGCUUUGCUUAGAUUUGAUGGUGUCCAGAAAUAUUAACUCUAACUGCUAUAUUUGCUGAAGCCUGGAAGAUGGAGCACGGCUUAAAACCUGGUUAAUUUAUUGUUUCCCUGAGGGACUUGAUGGUAAUCUAAAGGAAAAAAAAACAGUCACUCACUGGAUUUUUGAAGUAUAUUGAUCAACAUACUGAGCUCAAACUGAAUAAUCAACUCCCCAUGUGAUGAAUAAAAAAAAAAACAGUUCUGUCAGUAAUUUCAGUGCAUUUGCAUACAUGGCUCUUCAAACACUCUGGUAAUAAACUGAGUUGAGUAAGUAA